AUGGCUCCACCACCGGAAAAGAAGCAAAAAACUGAGAGUACUGAUGCCAAAAGUUCUUUGGAACAAUUAAGAGCUGCAGGUACGAAGGUUGUAGCAGAUACUGGAGAUUUUGAAGCGAUUGAUAAAUAUCAUCCACAAGAUUCUACUACGAAUCCGUCGUUAAUUUUGGCAGCAGCAAAAAAACCAGCUUACAAGAAGUUGAUCGAUAAUGCAGUUGAGUACGGUCAAAACCAUGGAGAUACGACAGAAGAAAAAGUGUGCUGUGCUAUGGAUAAACUACUUGUAGAAUUUGGUUCCGAAAUUUUGAAGAUAGUCCCAGGUGUAGUAUCAACUGAAGUUGAUGCAAGAUUAUCUUUUGAUAAAGAGCGUACAGUGAAAAAGGCACUCAGAUUGAUCGAGCUUUAUGAAGAGGCGGGCCAUUCCAAGGACAAGGUUUUGAUAAAAAUCGCUGCUACUUGGGAAGGAAUCCAAGCGGCAAGAGAACUAGAAUCGAAGCAUGGGAUUCAUUGUAACUUGACCUUGAUAUUUGCAUUUCAGCAAGCUGUUGCCUGUGCAGAAGGAAACAUUACAUUAGUCUCUCCAUUUGUAGGUAGGAUUUUAGAUUACUAUAAGCAAAAAACCGGUAAAACAUAUUCAGUUGAAGAGCAUCCGGGGAUUCUGUCUGUCAAGAAAGUUUAUAACUAUUAUAAGAAGUAUGAGUACAAAACCGUUAUUAUGGCAGCAUCAUUGAGAACAUUGGAUGAAGUCGAUGCCCUUGCUGGACUAGACAAUAUGACACUUUCUUUAUCCUUAUUAGACGAUCUGAUGAAUAGUAAUCAAACAAUUGCAAGGAAGUUGGAUGUGUCCAAAGCUAAAGCAGAACCACUCAGGAAGGUGACCUAUAUUGACAAUGAGCCAAAAUUCAGAUAUGAACUUAACGAUAAUGAAAUGGCAACAAUGAAAUUAUCUGAUGGUAUCAGGAAAUUUGCGGCAGAUGCUUUAUCGCUAGAAGGGAUCUUGGAGGAAAGGUUGGCGGAAGAAUGA